UCUCUCCUUUUUGUCUUUUAUUCUUCUCUCUCUGAAAUGGAGAAUCCUUCAUCUUCACCACCAUUUCCGCCUGAGUUGGAUUUAGAAAACCUUAAAGCCAUCAAAAUCUUAGGCAAAGGAGCCAUGGGCACUGUCUUUCUCGUCCACGACACAUCUACCGACCCCACCGCUCGUUCCCCUUUUGCGCUCAAAGUUGUCCAAAGAUCCAAACAUGAUGCGGACCGUCGAGCCCGCUGGGAAAUUGGGGUCUUGACAAGGCUAUCCAUGCCCGACCCUUCUCUUCACCACCCAUUUCUCCCUCGUCUUUUGGGUCGUCUCGAAACCCCCGAGCUUAUUGCUUGGGCUGUCCCUUACUGCCCUGGCUCCGACCUCAACGUCCUCCGUUACCGUCAGAACGACCGCGUUUUCUCCCCUGCUGUUAUCCGAUUUUACCUGGCUGAGAUCCUCUGCGCUCUCGAGCACCUGCAUUCCCUGGGCAUUGUUUACCGAGAUCUCAAGCCUGAAAACAUCCUCAUUCAACAGUCAGGUCACGUAACUUUAACGGAUUUCGACCUUUCACGCAACUUAAAGAAGAAACAAUUAUCAGAAAUUUUAACUGACGACAAAAAGGGCCAGAAUCCAUUGCCUGAAAUUCAUGUUCGACGUAAAUAUCGACGAAACUUUAUUCGAUGGAUCCCCGUUGUACCUGAUAAUAAUUAUAGCAAGGCUUUGAAGAAAGCGAAAUCAGCCCGAGUCAGCCCAGUGAGUAGACGAAAGCUCAGUUUCUCAAACGGGGAACGUUCCAACUCGUUCGUGGGCACCGAGGAAUACGUGUCACCUGAAGUAGUACGCGGAGAUGGACAUGAAUUCGCCGUCGAUUGGUGGGCUCUGGGAAUUCUAACCUACGAAUUGCUGUACGGGACGACGCCGUUUAAAGGGAAGAAUCGGAAAGAGACGUUUCGAAACGUUUUAUCCAAAGAACCAGAGUUCAUGGGACAAGGAAACGCGUUGACGGAUUUGAUCGGACGGCUACUACAAAAGGAUCCAAAAAAGAGACUCGGAUACCACGGAGGCGCGUGCGAAAUAAAGGAGCACGUGUUCUUUAAAGGGGUCAGUUGGGGCCUCUUGGCGCAGAUGUUACGGCCGCCGCUUAUUCCGUCAAGAGACAACGGUGACUUGACGGAAAAAGUAACAUCUGGACAAAUAGAUAUAAGGGAAUAUUUCCAGAGUUUGAAGGCUCCGUUGUCAAUGCCACCAUCACCACUACCAUCGCCGUCAUCAGAGCAAAGACAGAACGUUUCCUUCACGGAGUACUAACGCACGUGUGAGAGUUUGUAUGCACACAUGCAAGGUUCAGUUAGAUAAAUUCCUUAUUUUACUUUUUAUUUUGUAGUGUCCAUAAAAUAGCGGUAGAAACGUGAAAAUGGCGGAGAUUUGGGGUAUAAAGCCAUUAGAAAUUGUUGUACUAUACAAUUGUUUAUACGGUUAUGAAACUUGUUGAUCAGUACUUUUCUCCGGUUACAACUUUAUAACUCACGGUACGUGUCAUCCACGCGCCGGCAUGCGAUACGCCAAAAAAUU